AUGGGAAACACUAUCUCGACUUUCUUUCCACCUGCGCCCAGCUUUCUGGAAAAGGACCUUCCGAGCCAGACCGGGCGCGUCUUCAUCGUCACUGGCGGGUACUCUGGAGUAGGAUAUGAGCUAAGCCGUAUGAUCUGGCAACGCGGCGGCGUCGUUUAUAUCGCCGGACGAGACGAAGAAAAAGCCCGCGAAGCCAUCGCCUCCAUUCAAAAGGAGUCAACUGCGGAAUCCACCGACGGCGGACUGCGCUUUCUCAAAGUAGCUCUUGACGACUUCUCGAGUAUCAAAGCGGCGGCAGAUAGGUUCAUGGCCGAAGAAAAGCGCCUCGAUGUUCUCUUCAACAACGCCGGUGUAUCCAACCCACCCGUCGGUUGGGUGUCAGCUCAGGGUCAUGAGAUGCAACUUGCGACGAAUUGUCUCGGCCCUUACCUCCUGACGAAGCUGCUAGCCCCAUUACUCAAAUCCACGACCAAACUCACGAGGGAGACCGGCGCCGUACGCGUCACGUUUACAACUUCCAUCGCGACGCAGCUCGGUGCCCCUGAUGGCGGAAUCGAUGUCAACAAGCUCCUGAAGCCAUCAACAGACCAGCAAGUCAACUAUGCACUGUCGAAAACCGGCAACUGGUUUCUUGCCGACCACUUUGCCAAGGAGCUAGGUCCCCACGGUGUUGUUAGCCUGGUUCUCAACCCUGGGAAUCUAAAGACUCCGCUGCUUCGUCACAUGCAUUGGCUUGUCGGUGUUGUGGUAUCACCACUGUUGUAUCAUCCGCGGUUUGGUGCUGACACCAACCUGUGGGCAGGGUUCUCUCCAGAUGUCACUGUCGAAGAUGGGGGCAGAUGGGUUGAGCCAUGGGGUCGAUUUCAUCCAAACCCUCGGGUCGACAUCAUGAAUGCCAUGAAGACUAAAGAGCAAGGCGGAACUGGCCAAGGAGCUGCGUUGAUCGAGCUUUGUGAGAAGGUCACCUCUGAUUAUUCAUGA